GGAAGUGAAGCAGAAGAAACGGCUAAAUGUUUUGAAGCGACCAACCUGCUGUUAGCUAACAUAGGGGCAGGUUACUAGCUUAACAUUGGCGCAAAACGUUUGUACCUGUCAAGUUACAUAAUACUGCUCAAUUCUGUUAACUAGCAUGUUAGCAUCACUGCUUUGUUGACUUAUGACUAAGUAGGACAUUUUACUGCAACGGUUGUGACUGGAAACCGUCGCCACAUAGAGGCGUGAAUUAAAGCAUAACUUUAGCUGCACUGACAGGAGUAACAAGCGAGCUCCUGUACAUCAUCUGGUUGAGAGAAACAGAACCAGACACUGAGAGAGGGCCAUGCUACGAACAUGAUCAGCCCCGAUGGCUUCUCAAAAUGCGAGGCAACUCUGCGAGCCAGAAGCCGGAGGAGGCCGCUUGCAGAGAUGCUCCAUCUGCUCUCAGCCGUCAUCGUUUGGCUGGUGACCGGCACCACCAUCUCCAGCCUCAACAAAUGGAUUUUCGCAGUUUACAACUUCAGGUACCCUCUGCUGCUGUCAGCGCUGCACAUGCUGACUGCCAUUGUGGUGGACUACGGGCUGAUCAAGCUGCGGAUGAUCCGACAUAGAGGUGCCGCCGAGCAGGACCUGACUCCGAACGCUAAGUGUAAAGUGUUCCUGUUGAGUCUGACUUUCUGUGCCAGCAUCGCCUUUGGAAACAUCGGUCUGAACUAUGUACAGCUGUCGUUUGCACAAAUGAUCUACACUACGACGCCGCUCUUUACUCUGGCCAUCUCCUCUCUGAUCCUGGGUAAGCAGCACCACAUCAUCAAAUACACGGCCAUGAUGCCCAUCUGCCUGGGAGCGUCCUUCAGCAUCAUGGGAGAAGUCCAGUUCGAUCAGACCGGAUGCUUCUUUGUGUUUGCAGCGACCAUGUUGAGGGGUGUCAAGUCCAUUCAGCAGAGCAUUUUACUUCAGGAGGAGAAGAUCAACUCCGUCUUCCUGCUCUACUUGAUGUCCAUUCCCAGCUUCUGCAUCCUGGCUGUGGCCGCUCUGGCCUUGGAGAAUUGGGCCAUGCUGGAGUCGCCGCUGCAUUAUGACCGCCACCUGUGGGUCUUCAUCCUGCUCAGCUGCCUGGGCUCGGUCAUGUACAACCUGGCCAGCUGUUGCGUCAUCACGCUCACCUCGGCCGUCACCCUGCACAUCCUGGGCAACCUGAACGUGGUCGGCAACCUGCUGCUGUCCCAGCUGCUGUUCGGCAGCGAGCUGUCCGCGCUCAGCUGCGCCGGCGCCGUGCUGACGCUGUCCGGCAUGCUCAUCUAUCAGAACUCCGAGUUCAUCGUUAGCUGCAUGGACGCGCGCAAGGCUAAGCCCGAAGAGACCGAUUUUGAAUCCGAGUCUGGGGGGGAUUCGGUUAAGGAGGAGGAGUUUGAGAAAACAAAUCAUCCACAAAGAGUGGAUGGGAAAGAGAAAAUGGACUGAUCUGAAAGUAUAAAGAAAAUGAAGAAAAAUAAUUACUGGAUACACUGUAAUUUGUGUCAUGUAAGUGACGGAACAUUUCCUUCCUUCCCUGUGCCAACUCAUUCAUGUUCUUGACAGAAUUAGAGUCUGCACAGGAAAAAAAAAAACACCAUGACCCUCCAUGGAAAAGGUUCAGAUCAAUUUCUCAUCCAGCCUAUAGAGCUUCAUGCAUGCAUGAGUACACCGAACGGUUUGGUGCCGCUGAAGUUACAGACUCUGUCUCUCACACUACUCCACUGUGAAAAGCAUUGUCAGCUCCACAGGGCUGUAAUCAGUGUUCUCGGGGAUGGUUGGUCAGGUUUGUAGAGACUCUGGAAGCACUUUUGCCCCGCAUCUGAUUAAACUCAAGUUUGUAUUAAGAAGCUAUAUUUAUGGUACUGUUGCCUUGUUCCAUUUUGGACAGGGGCUGAGGUUUUAUGGCAGCUUUUUUGUUGUUGUUGUUGCGUAAAGCAGGAGCCGGGUUGUUGUUGAGCUGAAACGUUCGGUGCAAUGAGUCGCCUCUUUUCCACUGAAGCACAUACUCACUAAGAGGCCGAGGCUGUGUGUUUUGUUCUCCGCUAUGAACCUUUCCGUAACUCCCCACUUGAAGCCCUACAUUGUGUUCUCGAGAAGUCUCUGUUGGGUUGGUCCAAUUAUGAGCGGCACAUCGUCUUCCUCUUAGCGUACUUUGAUAAUUAGUGUCACAAGUUCUCUAAGGAGCGUCGCUCAACUUUAGCUCGUCUUCCUCCUGUGGAAAAGGUCAAGAAAAAGAAGAAUGAUGUUUCUUUUUAGCUCUAUUCUUUUCACUGAUGCUUCUUUUUAGGGAGUUUGAAAAGAAAAUAUAGAUUUUUUUUUUUUAUUAUGAGCAUCUCGGCAAACAUUGGCUGAAAAUGCUGUAGGCUUUCUUCAAGUGUCAGUUAACACUAGUAACCAUUUGUCUCUUUCUAAGCUCUCUGUUAUGUGAAAGCAUCCAGACUGCAUGCGAUCCACUCUGAAUUCAGCAUGUUUGGUAUGCCAAAUAUUUACUUUAUGUUGUUUUACAAGCUGUGUCAGUGGCUCCUUGUUGCUGUUGUUGUUCAGAGUUUGAGAUCCUACAAAGUAACUUCACGAUAUAUUUAUAUAUAUAUAUAUAUAAAAAAAAAAAAACAUCCCGUCACAAUUUCAUUAUGUUUUGCCUACGAAAAAAAUACAUAUUUUUAUUGCCAGGGUGCCAUUUACAAAUACAUUUAUCACAAUAAUGAAGAUAUAAAAAAUGUAGGACCGUUGUUUCUUUAUAGCCCUAAUUCAGUUUAAAAAUUGUCUUUAUUUAUUUUAUAUAUGCAAAACAUGCAAUGAUUCUGUACAUGUAACACAUUUCCAUUGGUUUCCCUGUAUGUCUCAGCUGUUUAACAAGACACUGGAGCUCAAUAUUCAAUCAGUAACAUUCAAAAAUUUCGAUACAAUGUUGCAUAGAAUCUAAUACAGUUACAUAUCAAGGACAAAAUCUGUUUUUAUUAAUAUUAUGUUGAAUGGAUAACAGUUUGUGGGAGGAUGCUUGUGUUGCACUGACAGGUUGCAGUGUUUCUGCUUUUAAAGCCUAUGGUUCAUUUUGUACAUAUCUGUUUUUGAGUGCAAAGCUUGAUGGAUGUAAAUAAUUAUUUUAUUAUAUUUAUGUAUUUUGUAGCCCUUAAUGGCUGGUUUGAACUCGACUGCUUAAAGAAUGAACCAUCUUUGCCUCAUGCCUUAUUUGGACAUCCUGCAGAUGAGGAAAAAUAAACAAAUCACGUGGACUGGAAUAACAAAUAAAGGAGCUCAAGUCCCUCAUCA